UCCGAAUCCGCCAUGCCGAGCGAACAGGCAGCUCCUAACCUCGACCAACCGCCUCUAGUGAUCAUAUUUCAGGCAAUUCCGAAGACAUUAAGUCGAUCGAAAUCUUAUACCUCUUCGGAUGAGCGCCAUUCGAUCGCUCAAGAAUAUGAGCGUCUGUUACAAGCACUGCGCAAGGCGGGCCUGCAUGUCACGACUCGAGAAGGUACUGCUGGCUCUGGCAAUGUGCUCAUCUUCGUCAGGGCUAGCAUGCAGGCGCUAUACACGGCGGCUGCAAGAGAACGUAUGAGUGAUUAUCUGCACGGCGUGCGAUCUAGCUCACAAACGCCAGUCAGCUUCUCAAGAACGUCAUCGCUUUCAACCGAUCCUUUCGCAUCAAUCCCAUCGCCGACAUCUGCCGACGUCUUACGCUUUACGCACAGCUUGGUGACGACACCCCCCUGCCACGAUAGCAACAAGGCUUGGCAUACUAUCUCUGGGGCCAACAUACAGAUCAAAUGCAGCACAUUCCCUCACGUGGUCGACAUUGUUCCACUCCAUGAAGUCCAGUACAACAAACAGUGGCUCAAGCAGUGGACCGCGCCGUCGUCAGCAUUUACUAUUGGAGCUUACGACCUCGACUCGGUCAGAUGUCACUUUGGCGAGCAGAUUGCAUUCUACUUUGGCUUUCUGGUCUUUUAUUUCAACUCAUUGCUUCCUAUGGCAGUGUGGGGCUUCCUUUUCUGGGCUGCUCGCCGGCCAUACGACCCAAUUUACUCCCUUGGACUUGUCGCGUGGGCAUGCGUCUUUGUAGAGGCGUGGAGGUUGCGUGAGAGGAAGCUAGCGGUCCGAUGGGGAUGCUCCGGAGUCUCGCACGCCGAGGCCCGACGUCCCGAAUUCAAGCCUCGCUGCAUCCGUAAGGAUCCCGUCACAGGCGAGGAGCUAGAGUUAUUUGAAUGGUGGAGGAAGGAGGCUCGUAUGGCUCUGGCACUGCCCGUCAUGCUCAUCUUUGCGGCUCUGCUAGGAGCAGUCAUGACUCUGAUGUUUAUCAUCGAAGUCUUCGUGUCAAAGAUGUAUACUGGACCGGGGAGAACUCUGGUCCCGCUUGUACCCACCGCCAUGUUCACCACUGCGGUGCCGUCUAUUAUGGCAGCUUGGCAGGCAACGGCAAGUGCCCUCACGAACUUCGAAAACCAUCGUACCGAUCGGACGCACCAAAGCUCGCUCACGCUCAAAAUGUUUACGCUUCAAGCAUUUGUCGCGUACGGUGCGCUCACGCUUAGUGCUUUUGUGUACGUCCCCUUCGGCCAGAAGGUGAUGGAUACGCUUAUGGCACGAGGCUUCCUCUCUGAGCACGUCAGUUUAGCAGUUCAAAAAGGCUAUCUCAAAUAUGACCCUGACGGAAGGGUCCAUUUUGACAUCAAUCCGAAUCGAAUGCAUCUCCAACUCUUCGCCGCCAGUGUCACCAGCCAAGCAAUUAACGCUUUCACCGAACUCUUCUUUCCGAUUCUACUGAGAGCUGUCAAGAGCUGGAGAUCGGAAAGAGCAGCCGCGAGGCAAAGAAGCGGAGAGAAAAAUGCGGGUGGUACUGGCGCACACCGAGACCCUUUCGUGACGAGGGCACUGGAGGAAAUAUCGUUGCCUAGCUACGAUAUAUUUGGCGACUACGCCGAGAUGGCGACGCAGUUUGGUUUUAUCACCUUGUGGUCGGCCGUCUGGCCCAUGUCGCCAGUCAUUGGCUUUGUGAACAACUUUUUCGAAAUCCGCUCUGACGCUGCCAAGAUAUGCAUGAACGCCAGAAGACCAGUGCCGGUACGAGUUGAAAGUGUCGGGCCUUGGAUUGAAGUCCUGGGAUUCAUCUCAUGGCUGGCAGCCCUUGUGAAUGCUGCACUUCUCUAUCUCUUCGGGCGCGCGCCGUACGCCAACACUGCUGGGCAUUCGGCCUACGCCACAGUCUUGCGCCAGUACGGCCCAGGAGUCAACGUGGUUAACGCGACACAAACCAGCCAGUCCAGUGCCUCGCUCAGCGAGCAGCUACCCAUCGAUAUGAAAGGCUCAGCGAACGAAAGCGCACUUUUGGUGGCGCUGCUCAUUGCGAUUGCUUCCGAGCAUGGCUAUGCAAUCUUCCGCGCUGCUGCGCGUCAUGUUUUGGUUCGAGCCGUCUGGCGUGGAAGCACGGAAGCAGAGGUUCUAAUGCAGAGAGAGUGGCAGAGCAGGCGGGCGUUGCUGAAAAUGCAUGAGAAAGCGCCGGAUGAGGACCAAGCGGCAAUUGUUGAUUCCCUCUCAGCAUUUUGGAAAGAGGACGGCGUAAGCAAGGAAUGGAUUGAGAACACCAAGACGGACUGAAUUUUAGUGACACCGCCAACGGCCGGCGCUUCUCAUAGCUUCGAUUUGUAAAAGUUGAGCCAGUCUACAUAUCUGUUUCCUUUACUUUGCCUAAAGGCAAGUAUUCCAUGCAUUGCCUCUUCACUAGGCGCCAUCAUUUCCAGGAAUGCAUCUUUGACAGUUUUCUCAGCCUGCCCCGCAGCUGUAUCGUGUGGAGACAGGAGACUGAGCCCCGGCUGAGCCUGUGUGCGAACAAGUGCUUUGGAUCGUUGCAACGCCUUAGGACCGCCUCGUUUUAGCAUCUGGGUGAUUUGUACCAGCUGGGAUUCACCAUCUUGCGCUGAGUCGAACACGCAACUGACUAUGUGGCGCGAAUACAGUUCUUUCGCGGAGAUUGGCCUGGCUGUCAACAUGGCGUCGCGAGCUAGCUGCGGGCCCCAUUCGCGAAUGAUGGUGGGGGAAAUUAGAGCUGGUACAAGGCCCCGAGUCACCUCUGUAAGCUGGAAUGUCGCGGCGG